AGAGCGCCUAAUCUGCCCAUGUUUGGGAAGGAUGGUAGAGGGGGAAAAAUAAGAACAGUGAGUGUGGAUGGACUUGAUUGUGCGCUCAUGGAGCCCCCUUUGAGCAAGAGGAGUCAGACUCUGAGGUUAGCGGAUUUGGCAGCGGCUCAAGCCCAUCCUCAUCACAAUAUGACAGGCUUCCCGGGGCUGGGGAGUCAUCAGUCUCACUCACUCCCUGCCCACAUGCACCCUGGGGAGUUGGGGAGUGACCCUGGAGUUGCCCUGACUCCAUUCGGACCUGAGCACAUGGCCCAAGCCACUGCUCUGAAACUUAGUCCCUCAGCUCAUCCCGAGGCGCAGACAGCUGCUGCAUUUGGGUCGCCGGCCUCAGUCAGUUACCCCGUGGCUCACCCUCACUCUGGCUACUCCGCCAGCAGGGACUUCAUCCUCAGGAGGGAACUGUCCACUUCUGCCAUGUUAGGGGAGCAGCACCCGGCCGCCGGCUCCCCCCAUCAUCACCAUCCGCACAGCAUGUUCAUCAGCUCCACUGGCUCCUAUGCUCACCCUGAGGCGGCCGGGCACCCUCUCUUCCCUGCCAUCCACGAGCAGGCGGGAGUCCACCACCCCCUCAAUGGGCAGAUGCGCCUGGGUUUGGCCGGGGAACUUUACGGGAGACCGGAGGCUUUCAGAGCAGAGCACUAUGCCGCCUCUUCCCUCCACCACAGCUACAACUCGAUGAACUUAAAUGUCAACCUCGCCGCCGCUGCUGCCGCCCACCCGGCCACUGCUGGGGCCUUCCUGAGGUACAUGAGGCAGCCCAUCAAGCAGGAGCUCAUCUGCAAGUGGAUCGAUCAAGAUCAGUCUUCUAAAAAGCCCUGCUCCAAAACCUUCAGCACCAUGCACGAGCUGGUCAACCAUGUCACGGUGGAGCACGUCGGGGGGCCCGAGCAGAGCACCCAUGUCUGUUACUGGGAGGAGUGUCCUAGGGAGGGAAAGCCGUUCAAAGCCAAAUACAAACUGGUGAAUCACAUCAGAGUACACACUGGCGAGAAGCCCUUCCCCUGCCCCUUCCCUGGAUGCGGCAAAGUCUUUGCUCGCUCUGAAAACUUGAAGAUUCACAAACGAACUCAUACAGGAGAGAAACCUUUUAAAUGCGAGUUUGAUGGUUGCGACAGGAAGUUUGCGAAUAGCAGCGACAGGAAAAAACACUCGCAUGUCCACACCAGCGACAAACCGUACUACUGUAAAGUGCGAGGUUGUGAUAAGUCUUACACACACCCCAGUUCUCUGAGAAAGCAUAUGAAGAUACACUGCAAGUCACCCCCUGGCUCCCCCACUAAUGGGAGUAUGGGCUACCCUGCAGUUGGCACUCCUUUAGAUGAACCCUUAUCUCCUGCUCAGGAGCAGGUUAGAGGGCGAUCUGCUAAUCUGUCCCCUCAGGUCACCAACCUUAACGAGUGGUAUGUGUGCCAAGCCACAGCCGGUAACCUGCACACGACCUCCAGCAACGCAGACUCGUCCGAGUCGGAAGAUGAUGAGGAAACUUACAGGAACUCAGAGAGGACUAUACGCUAGCCACUACUUGUCCCUAUUGGGACCAACCCAAACUGACAGAUGGACUGGAGAGAAAUAAUUGCCUUUUUUUUUUUUGGGCAAACGAUAUUUAUUUCUGAAAUAAACGCAAAACAAUAAACAUUAUGCUGUUAAACUCUGCAAAUGCUCCAUAAAUAUAGCAGCAGAGUGCCAUCAUGGACACACUGUGUUUUGCUGGUGAUUGCUGGUGACUUGAACACGAACAGCUAACUGAUUCACUGCCAAAUACUGUAUUGUUUGUGUUGUGGAGAGUUAUCCAUCCUGGAUAUUAUACAGAGCGACAGUGCUCUCUUGUACCUCAAACACAGGCGACAUCACAAUGGAGGUUUCAGCUGCCCAGGCCCCAAUUCUGCAAUGGCGCCUGGAUUAUAAACCAUCAUCAUAGCUGAACAUGGACCACAAUGCAACAAAAUCCAGCCAGUUUAAUCUGAAAUCUGGUUUCUAACCAAACCCUUAUCCAUUAUUUUUUCAGAAUGUUUACAGUCUCCCAGGCCCACGUUUAUUUACGUAGAGGUCAAAAAAUAAUUAAUGUUAUUUAUACAGUCGAACCGAUCGCAGUUUAAUCCUUUGGGAUCCUUGUUUUAUAUGGAAAGAAAAGAAAAUCCCGUAUUUAUUAUUGUAAAAAAAGAAAAAAAAAAUCAUGUUUGCUGCAUUGAAUUGAUUUUGUUGUGCCCUAAUGUGAUAUUUAAUCUGAUCUGGUGUGCAUUCAAUGUACCACUUUCCAUCGGAUUUAAAAUUUCAACUGAUAUACGUCUAGCAUGCUUUCUGUAAACUGAAUCAAAUCAAAAGCAGACUUCGCUUCUACGUCAGGGUGUGAUUGUAUCCUUGUUUAAAAUAAUCUAAAUGUUAUGUACAGCCUCACUAUAGAUGAGUGGGCGAGUCACUGUUAAAUAUAUACUCAGAUGAUCAGUUAUUGUCAAUCCAGACUAUGGAGGUGUUAAAGGGAAAACAGUUGGAUACUGUAUAUAGUCACAUGAAAAUAAGCACAAGGUCCCUUAUUUGUUAUAUAUCACAUCUAUAAAGUAGCCCCUGAUAGUUUAUUACAGGACAAGAAUAAUCAAGUAGUAUCAGUCUCUAUCCUUGUCCCUUGAUAAAGCAAUUUCAUUUAAAAACAAACACAGUAUGAAGUAUAUUCAAAGGUACAACAAAAAAAAAUAAAACACAAUUAAACAUAAAUACAAUGUUUAGAUUGCAAAGUGUGCACUGUUACACUUUUGCUUAAACUUUGCAUAAUUUUGCAUAGGGAAAGCUCUGGUAACGAUAUGUAAAGUAAAAUAAUAUUUGGCCUGCACUAGUUACAUUUUUCUUAUUUAUUUAUAUUUUUUUGGUUUAUAUUUUUAGAUUUUCUUUAAAAAAAUAAUAAUAAUUUGCCUAUUGAUGUUUCAACUUAAAAUAUAAGUCAUUGUGUGUACGAACUGCAACACAGAAUUAGCACGAGGUGACGUCAGGCCUCUCCUUAUCCUAAAUCAGUUGAUUUUUGUAUUUAGAUUGGAACAAAUCAGGCGAAGGCAUUAUUAACGAGGUAGGGCGGCUUUAUUAGGCAUAUAGUCUAAAUAGAAAAGAAGGUCACGUCGCUAUAAUGUAUCAGGCAGCUCCACAAAUCAUAUGAUGGAUUGAGAAUUAAUUUUAAUGAUAUUAAAGGUACGAUGUGGAGGUCAAGAAACGAAAUAUAUGUCCCCAUAUGAUACAUGAUCCAGCUAGGGAACAGUGAUUAUGGGAUGUUUAUUCCCUGAACGGCCCCAUUACAAUAAGCUGCAACUCCAGGCCCAGACCUUUGCUGUCAGACCUAUAUAUAUCUCUUAAAGUGCCACAGCCAACACUCCUGCUAAAGACUACUAAUUUACCCUCAGAGACCAGGAGACAUCUACUAGUGGACUGGCCUUCCCUGGGGUGUACAGAAAAAAUGUUGUGUGUGCUGUGAUCGAUUGUGCUAGCUUUGUUAUUGUCCAUAAAGUGUCUGUGAACGCUGUGCUUUGGUAAAAAGUUGAAUUAAUUUAUUUUCUAACUGGAUUCCUUUUCUGCAAGAGUGAGCAUACACCAAAGACGUAAAUGGUUAUUUUUCAGUGAAAUCUCGGUGUUUGAUUCUUGUGCUUUAAAAAAAAAAAGAAAAAAAAAAAAAAGAACUAGGGUUCAGGAGAAAUCUUUGAGGUAUAUCUAUUUUGCAUUUUACUUGAAUCAGUGUAAUGUGACAGCAGCUGUUGGUGCUUGUGUUCUGUGCAGUCUGUGUCCCAAGUAGUGCAUAGGACUUCCCUAGUAAAGUGUGUGCUGCUAGCUCUCCUUUGUCUAGAUUGUCCAGUGACUUUUGCUUUUUUUUUUCAAGUUCCAUUUUUUUUUGGAGAAAAAAAAUUAAAAAGAAAACAAAAAAAAUAGGUCAAACGUCUUACAAGAACAUUCACUGUGUCUUCUUUUCAGAUUUCCUACUGUUUCAAUAAACAAAAAGUACGUCUAAAACGUU